AUGAGCACUUUAAUGCACCUCAAAGCUCAGAAUGAAAGCCGGCUUGCGGAAGAAAAGCGUAUGAUUGAUCGACGUAGAAGUCUCCUCGUCAUGAUACUGCAACACUGCACAGAGAAUGGAUAUUUGCAAACGGCUGAAAAGCUUCAGCAAGAGGCAGGCGUCGCUCUUUCCAAAUAUGAAGUUGUCGAAAAUUUAGAUUUGCUGCGUAUCGUGCAAGAAUACGAAGACUUUCAAGAGAUCAAGUUCGGCAAGCGCCCUAUACUAGUCCGACGAUCACUGUCGGAUGAACAAAACAAGGGGAAUGACAAAAAAGCUGCAGCUGCAGCAAAACGAGCUCGACGCAAUGAUUAUACGUCGACACGUAUGCCAAUGGAAGCACGUGUUGAGAAUAAUGCUGGGUUACGGGCUAUUCACAAUAAGACAAGUAUUGCGGCACAUACAAGUUCCGGAAACCCAUUGAAAGCCGAACAACAGGUCCCAGAUGAUACUUCAAACGCAGAUUUCGGCCUUGUCGGACAAAGGCCGGCGCAGAACCACACCCGUCACUCAAAAUCUGGCAAUGGUCUCCAGAGAGCAGACAAUCAACAACAGCAGGAGGAAAACAGUUACGAAGAGCACCUUUUGAAACCUUUUCCAUCCUUUGCUCUUGAUUCGGAGCUUCGCCCGAUCGCAGAAACCAUCACACGCGAGAUUUUCCAAAAGAAUCCAGACGUCCGGUGGAACAAUGUUGUUGGUUUGGUCGAAACGAAGCGGCUAUUGAAAGAGGCCGUCGUCAUGCCUCUAAAGUAUCCACAACUGUUUCAAGGUUUACUUUCACCAUGGACUGGAAUUCUUCUCUAUGGUCCGCCUGGAAAUGGCAAGACAAUGCUCGCCAAAGCCGUAGCAACCGAGUGUCGAACUACGUUUUUCAACAUCUCUGCUUCGUCUAUCAUCAGCAAGUACAGAGGCGACUCUGAAAAACUCAUUCGAAUGUUGUUUGACUUGGCGAGACAUCACGCGCCAUCCACAAUCUUUUUGGACGAGAUUGACUCUAUCAUGGGCCAGCGUGACAGCGGAGGAGGUCAAGAGCACGAAGCAAGUCGUCGUAUGAAGACCGAGUUACUGAUCCAAAUGGACGGUCUAGCCAAAACUGACGAUGUUAUUUUCGUACUCGCAGCAAGCAACUUGCCUUGGGAUCUCGAUGCUGCCAUGCUGAGGCGACUUGAAAAGCGCGUGCUUGUAGAUUUACCACCGGCGGAAGCUCGACAUGCGCUUUUUGCCUCCCUUCUGGAACCUUAUACCCCUAAAAACUCUUUUAGCUUUGACGAGGCUGUAAGAAUGACUGAAGGAUAUUCUGGUGCUGAUAUUAAAUUGGUAGCGAAGGAGACCUGCAUGGCUCCCGUGCGCCGAUUGCUAGCGAAGCUCGAGUCUGACGACAACGAUGAAGUUGUGCAAAGGAGUAGUAAUCAAAGCCACGAAGCGUCUGCGGAGGACUGGAGGGAAUUGCUUGGUGAUGAUGCUCCUCGCGACUACAUGCUGGCCAAGGUCGUGAACGUCCUUGGACGAACGGGUAACACGGGUAACGUGACUCAGGUGCGCGUGGAAUUCUUGCAGGACGACAAGCGUAAAAUCAUUCGCAACGUUAAGGGACCUGUGCGUGAAGGUGACAUUCUGUGCCUACUUGAGUGGGAGCGUGAGGCUCGUCGUCUGAGAUAA